CUUUCUUUCUGGGAAAAGGUAAGCCGAUAAGACCAUUUUUGGAGCCAGGCACGAGGCACGAUGCCCAGAGCAACUCAAUCCCAACGUUUAUCCAGCUGAAUCCUUCCGUCCGCUGCCGGUCUCUCAAGUCUGGUAGCUUACGUAGUUUGUACGUACACCAGAUUGUGGAUAGAGUCGCAAUUUGUACAGCUUCCAAAACAAACAGUGUCUCACGCAGGCGACUUAACUAUCCCACUCCAAUCGUUUUCUUCAUAGCAAAGAUACACAUCUAUAACAAGACUACGCCUCGAGGCUCAUCCGAAGAAGAGGCGCUCAUAAGGACAACAGCUAUCACCAGCGAGAUAAAAACGACGCAACUUUCUACUAUACUCUUGCUCCGCAAGUCGCUCUCUAUUUGCCAUUCGCCUCUUUAUAUUGUAUCGUGGCUAUACCUCUGUCCGCCUCAUUCUAGUAGGGCUUCUCAAACAGCUCUCUCCCAAAUCCAUCCCCAAUCAUCACCACACACCUACGUUAAUCACACAAGAUGCUCAACCCACGCUCUCUACGCUUCGACACCAGGCAAAUAGAUUAUACUCAUCAUCAUCAUGACUACGACUACACCCUCCCAAAAUCUACACUCAUCUCCCUUAUAAUCGGCGUUGGCACAUUUGCUGUUACGUCCAUAUUGGUUGUUUUCUCCCUCCGAAUCUAUCUCAGGAGACGGUCGCUUAGACGAGCUCAAGCUAUGAGUGGAAGUGGCGAAGAUUUGAGAGAGAUAAUGAGAGAGUAUCUCGAUGAAGGAGUAAAGGGAAAUGAAGGGACAAAACCUGAGAUGUGGGAGGUGGAGAUGAAAUAUGAGGACGAGAUUACUCAGCCACUCACACUUCGCGAACCGACUUCUACUCGUCCGCACCUCGCUCAACCUGAUAUUUCGAAAGCGAUAUCCAUUUUUAUCGCUUUCCCUGCUCCUUAUUCCUCUGGCCCUGACGACCUCCCAGAGAUCGUACUUGGCACAGCGAUUUUCCAUCAAUCGACAUUGUCGUCCACAAUCUCCCGCUUUUCGGAGAACGAAAAGACUCUUUCAAGAAAUACAUCAGAGGAGGGGAGUUAUGUAGUGAAAGAUAAGAAUACAGAGAAAGACGGGACAAACGUCGUCGUUCAGGCUUUGGAAUACGUCUGACCAGGCCAGAUAGAACAACGUUGAAAAAACGAAAAAGGGCACAGGAAAGGGAAUCAUGUGGGUCUGUGGGUCGAGAGUGGAUCUUAUUGUCGCGAUUGUCAUCAUCAUGACUUCAUUUAAUGUUCAUGUUGUAAUUAAUACGCUCUAUGUUGUAACGUAUCUACGAUAUUAUGUUUGGGUAAAGGGUAUAGGAAGGAUCAGUA